AUGAAGCUAUGGUCAACUAAAAAUAAAAAUUAUCAAAUACUAUCAAAACGUGUUGAAUUAGAUAUGCCUCCAAAAAUUAUUGAUAAAGUUGAUUUUUCUUUUAAAAUUGAUGAAUCAAUUAUAAGUCAAGAUGAAGCGCAAGCAAUGUAUAAUCAAAUGCGUCAAAUUACGAAAGAUUUUCGUACUCAAGCAAUGACAUUAUGUGUUCAAUCAACUGCUCGAGAAAAUGAAAUCUUAUCGGAUGAAAUAAAAGGUAUUAUUGAAAGAUUUCCACAAGAGAAUGAUGAUGGAUUUGAUGCUGAACCUGGCUAUGCAGCUUUUAAACAAUAUUAUGAAUUACGAGAGAAAAGAAUGAAAUUAGAAGUUGAACAAUCACUUUAUUUUUUAUUCGAACAGCGAGUCGAGGGCGAAAUCAACAAUUCAGAAGAAGAAAUAAUCGCUCCGACUCUAAUACAAGAACAUCAAUUAUUAAAACUGGGACCUAAAUUUAUUUUUAAUGACCCCAAAGCGGCAGCCCGACGACGUAUAACUGAGCUGGCUACUUUAAAUUGUAAAAUUAAAACAUGUUUUCUUCAUGGUCUUCUUCAAAUGUUACAUAAUGUUUCAAUAACAAACAAAAAUAUUAAGAAAGAUAAAUUAUUUGAUACUAAAAUUAAUCGAAAUAACAGUAUUAUUGAAUUAAUAAAUAGUCAAGCUACUCAAUCGCAAAUUAUUAAUAGAGUUAAAGUGACGAAAAAGAAAAAUUAUGGAAGAUUAGUUAAGAGAUUGAAACAUAAAUUUAAAUUAGCUAAUGUUACAUUACAGAAAUCAGAUAAAUCAAAAGUAUUCCAUUUAGGUAAAAUCGAAGAUUAUCGUAAGAAAUCCAAGGAAUAUAUGGAGAAAACUCAAGCAUAUAAAUGUCUUGGAAAAGAAGAUCCAUUACCUGAAUUAAUUCAAAGAACAAAUAAAUAUUUUAUUAAACCAAAUGAAGUUGAAUUGGCUCAUUUAUAUUAUUUACCAAAAGCUCACAAGCCUGGUACUCCUCUACGCCCAAUUAUAAGUGGUCUUAAACAUCCUACAAUUAAAAUCUCAAAAUUUCUUGAUGACUUAUUAAGACCAAUAUUUGAUGGCAUGGCAAAAGAAACCACAACAAUGGUCAAUAUUAAAUAUGAUAUAUUGAAAAAAUUAUUAUUAACUAAACGUCGAGUUAUCCAUUAUACUGGAAAUCACCCGUUAACUAAACGUCGAGUUAUUCAAUAUACUGGAAAUUACCCGUCAACUAAACGUCGAGUUAUUCAAUAUACUAAAAAUUUAUUUUGUUGUAUUCGUAUUAAUUCACCAUCACGUACACGUACUAAUAUAUCAACAACAACAAUAAUAUUUAGUCGUCUUGCACCUCAUCAAAUUAAUCGCCGUCAAUAUGGAGCCUAUACUUUCGAUGCACUGAUGCUGAUGAAUAAGUACAAUUAUUCCGAUGGAUUUAGUUUAUCUGAACAAGAUGCUAAUGAAUUAGCUUCACGAUUACAAGUAGGCAAAUCAAUAAUUAUUUUCAAUGCACAACGACUUCGUAGCAUCUGUCAUACUCUUAUUGCAUUCCAUCAAUCAUUUCGACGAUAUGUUCCAUGUAAGAGUGAUAUUACUCUAAAAGAACCAACACCCAAUUCGAAACAAAUAGCUAUGGCAUUGGAAUUCUAUUUACAAAUUGAUGUGGAUUUAUUCUAUAUGAAAACUUGUUCGUUUCGAGGAGCUCAACCUCCAUCUAAUAUAGAAGGUCUAUUUUGUGGAAGAGAUGAACCUCAAGCAAGAUAUUCAUUGGUUCCAUGUGAUAAUCUUUUUUGUCAAUGUUGUCUUCCAUUAAAUACUUACAAGAAAAGUCAACCAUGGCCAAUUGUUGAUUUUGCUUCAAGUUCAAUGCAUCGAUUUCUCAAUGGUUAUACUAUCUAUCUAAAUUGUCCAGCAACAUGUACUACAUCGAAUAUAAUUUAUGCCAUGACCUGUCCAUGUGGUCAUUAUGAUUAUGUUGAUUCAACAGCAAAAACAUUGGCUGAUGCUAUGGCUUAUCAUCGAGAACAUGGCAAUCGAAUUAUACAUGAAAAAUUAACUGGUAGUCCUCUGUUUCGAGGGUCGCAAAUCGAUCCUAAUGGAAGAGAAAAAGAAAUGGCUAAUCAAAUGCGUCUCUAUCAACAUUCAGCUCGUUGUGCAGGAGCACUUCGUUCAUUUCUUGAUUGCAACCCUAUGUAUUGGUGUUUUAUUCCUCUACUUUGGGAUGAAGCAGUAGCAGAAAAUACUGCUAAUCAUCCAGGAACUUCUACUACAGAUCCCAAUCUGGAUGCUGUGAUAACAACUACUGUCGUAGACAAUCGUAGGGUCGCCAAUUAUCUAGAUAAUGUACCAUUACCACCAACUUCCUAUGCCUUCUCAUUUCGACAGUUAAAACAACAGCGUCUAUUUUUCGAACGAUUUGUUACUUCUUCCAUUCAUUACAGGCCUUAUAUCAAAUUAGAUUUGUAUCACAUAGCAAUCAUUGCCGUUUUACCACAUGAUUGUUCAAUGAUACUACGAUACAUCAUCGAAACAUUAUUCAUUAUUCAUGGUGAAACUAAAUUGAAUAUGAUUUGUCCACUUGAUGGUGAUCCUGAAAAACGUUACGGUCGUCCGUAUAACCUACAUUGGUGUGCUAAUUUGAAUCAUACAUCAAUGUAA